AUGCGUUUGCAUCGUGUAUGCCGAACUAACCGUGUGUUGUGGUUUGUAUGGGAUCCUGCGGGCAUCGUGAUCGCCUUAUUCGCAUGGCUCCUUCUCUUUGGAUUCUUCGUGGCAGUACUCAUGUCCAUCUCGCAGUGGGUGGGGCUAUUGUCGCCAGUCGGGGUGACUGAGUGCAUUUGGUUCACGGGGCUGUUUGGUAUGUGCCUUUGGAGCCACAUUGUGGUGCUUAGUAGCAACCCGGGCACAGUACCGUACAAGCUCAAGGGAAUUAUACCAUCCGUAGAGACUGACAAGGAAGAAGAGGCUAAGGAUGACGACGAGUUAGAAGAAGUCGAGGAGGAAAUGCCACUGAACGAAUUUGAAGAGUGUGAGGACGACGGUUCGUUGCUCAUUUACUGCGACGAGUGCGAGAUCUAUCGCCCAUUCAGAGCUGUGCACUGCCACGUUUGUAAGCGAUGCGUUGUAUUGCAAGAUCACCACUGUCCAUGGGUGAAUAACUGCGUCGGAAUUGGUAACCAGAAAGCCUUUUUGUUGCUGCUACUGUACGUGACGACUACGAGUGUGCAGGCAAUGUUGCUAGUGUUAAUGCAGUACGCAACGUGCUCACGUGGCAAGUACACGUGUGGAUUUCAGAGCGAACAAUUUCCAGGCAAGCUCGGUGGCUGGAUCCUCGCAGCGUCGACAGUCUUUGGGCUGUUUUGUUCACUCAUGCUGGUCAUGGAGCUGUUUAACAUUUAUCAGGAUCCGCUCUAUGCGCUAAUUGCCGACCAACUCGAAGCCCGUCGCGGUGGAGACAAGUCAGAGUCGAUGCUGGAGCGUCAUUUGAGUGUCAUCUGCGGGACGGAUGGCAUGAGGGCGUCGUGGUAUUUUCCUCCGCCUGAACGGCGCUCACUGCGCGACGUCGAGAUCGUACAAGGCUUUAGCUGUCGACCUGAGGAUAAUGAGAUCUGUUGA